AUGGACGAUGUCCCUCCCCGCGCAUCGGACUCGAGCGCGUCGGCGGAUACGGUGAGAAGCGUUUCCAUAUCCCCGCACGAGGAUGGACAUGCCGGCGAUAUCGUGGAAAAUCCCGACCAAGAGACCCAACUCCUACCAGAUAUUGUUCGAGAAGAUGCAAUGGACGAAGAUCCUCCAUCAGAGCCUGCCACGGCCCCUAUAAACCUAUCCGGCGCGUUGGCGAAGCAAGCACAACAAGGGAACGCCAAUGAGUCCAUGCUCCAGACAAUUUCAACCGAGGCUGGUGAAGCUGGGCCUAUGGCCCCUGGUAUGCAAGCAGCUCAGAGCAUGUUCGAUAACCCGCCAAACCUCGCACGGAUUCGCCGCGUUUUGUUCGAAUGCAAAGAUCCAAUUGAGAUCAGCUUGGAGGAAUUCGAGACAUACUGGCCAUUCAUCGAUAAUGUUUGGGUCAAGCAGAGGACCAAUGCUAGCAAAGAGGGCCACUGUACUACGGACUAUUACAUGUGUCGGCUACGACGCCCGACCCAUCGCACAUCAGAGACUCGCCCGCUGCCAGAAGGGAAACGUCCUCGCAAGAAACGCGUGCGCGAAGGUGGUCUUUGCAAUUUCCAAAUCAAGGUGGUCCGGUUUGACGGUGCAUAUACCACGGUCACGAUUGCGAGAACUCCCGGAAGUGGCAGCGUUCAUUCCCAUGAUUUGGACUAUAUCGACCGAGUCAAGCGCAACUCGGGACUGAUGGAGUUUGCACGCAGAGAAUCUGCUAAGGGAUAUCUGCCUUCCUCGAUUUACACCAAAUUCCAGGAGGAACCAGAGAAGUUGAAUGAAGCUGGAGGGCGGUUUCUCACCGUGACAGACGUGCGCAACGUUUCUGCCAAGUGGCGCAUCCAAAACCCGGAGGUCAAACUUAUUCCCCACGAUGGGUAUGAGCUGGUCAAGGGCCACGGGAUUGUCAAAUCCGUGAACGCCGUCAGUACCGGCGAAUCUGCACAGGCCAACCCCAUUCCGAAUACCUCAUCACCGCAUCUGCCGCCGGACACGUUAUCUUUCCCUAAUUUCUCACUUGACUUCUUACAACCCUAUUUACCUAACCACGCGGAAAAACGCGAUCUGCCUCACGUCACUCUAUCCUAUGCAUCGUCCAUGGACUCCAAGAUCUCCCUUCUACCUGGAAUGCAGACGGUUUUAUCAGGGCCUGAGGCCAAGCUCAUGACCCAUUAUCUUCGCUCGCGCCACGAUGCGAUUCUCAUUGGGGUUGGCACCGUCCUUGCCGAUAACCCGGGCUUGAACUGUCGCCUCGAAGGAGCAGGAGGCUUUGGAGGUCUAGGACGGAUGUGGCAGCCUCGUCCCGUGGUGAUUGACCCCAUGGGACGUUGGCCCAUUCACCCAGAAUGCCGCAUGCUCCGAACGGCCGUGGAGGGCAAAGGCAAAGCACCGUGGGUUGUUGUAUCACCAGGAGCUCAGAUCAACCCUCAAAGACUGAUGAUGCUCAAGGGGUAUGGCGGUGAUUUCCUCCGUAUUGUGGAAUACAAUCAGAACUGGCGAUUACGGUGGGAAGCUGUCCUCCGAGCCCUUGCAUCCGAGGGCAUCAAGAGUGUCAUGAUUGAAGGCGGUGCCACGGUCUUGAGUGAGCUCCUGAACCCGGAGUAUACCAACUUCAUUGACUCGAUUAUCGUGACGGUGGCGCCCACGUAUCUAGGUCGGGGAGGUGUGAGUGUCAGUCCGGAUUCCAAGCUGGACCAAGAGGGCAAGCCCAAUGCGGCGUUGAACCCUCGUGAUGUCAAAUGGACGCCGCUGGGCCAGAAUGUUAUUAUGUGUGGUAACAUUCGACAGCGUGAGACUGAGCGACCGGAAGAUCCCGUAUGA